AUGAGUUUGUAAUAGAUUCAACAACACAUUAAUCAAAUAAAAACCAGCUAUCAAAUCCCAAACAAAGAGUUUCAAAACACAUUCAAACUUUUUGAGAGUUGUGUGCCUUUUCUCAAAUCGGAGAAUUAGGAAUAAUUGAAUCAAGUUUAUAGAGCCUUGAAGAGAUUUCGAAGGAGACUGGAAAAUGAGUUGAAACUUAAUUAAACUGACUAUCAUGCGUUUGUAAAAAAAUGGAAAUCCUUGAAUAUAACAUUUGUUCCACUGGUUUAUGAUGUGAAAUUGGAUUUCAGUAAAAAGAUAGCAACUCUAAAAUACGAGGAUUUAAUCAAUGUUAAUUUUAAUCAUCACCAUUAUACGAGUAGAGAGAUGUUAAAGGCUUCGAUGAUGAUAUUCUAGCAUUUGGAAGUUGAACAAUUCGCAAAUUACAAUAAUUUAGAGAAUCUAUUGACACACAUCAAUCUAAAUUACAACAUCGUUUCUUAUCAUAACUUUACGCAUGCAUUUGCAUUAUUCUAAUUAUUAUUUUGUGUGUAUGAGAAAUCUGAUCUUAAACUAUUUGUAUCUAAGUAAGACAUCUUUGCAGCCUUGUUGGCAAGCUUAAGUCACGAUAUAAAUCACAAGGGUGUGAAUAAUUUGUACAAAGUUAAGAAAUCCAAAAAGUUAAAUAAAAAUAUUUGUGAACAGGCAGUCCUCGAGAGCAUGCACGUUUCCACACUAUUCAAUAUUUUGGCGCAGAAUCAAUAGCUGAAUUUUUUAAAUUAUUUGCCAAACGCAUAAUAGCAAGAAUUUAAGAGAAUUUUGGUGAGCUCUAUUUUAGCCACAGAUAUGGGAUAACAUUUCAAUAUCUUCAGUUGUUUCAAAGAUAGAGUCAAUGCAACUAUUGAAUUGAGAGAAAGUCAAGACAUCACUGAUCCACUGAUUAGAUACAGAGGAUUUAAUAAGGAAAACUUUGAUGAUAGGAAAUUCAUUUUAAAUGUGUUGGUUCACGCUUGUGAUAUUUCAAAUCCAUGCUUAGAGUGGGAUGCUUAUAUGAAAUGGUCCUUUUUAUUAGCCUAAGAGUUUUAAGAUUAAACUAUAAAAGAGGCAGCAAAAGGCUUGGAAGUAACGGCAAUGCUACAAUAUAAGGAUAAACUCACGUUCUUUAAUGGCUAAACAUUUUUCUUAAAUACAUUUGUAUUGCCAUAAUGGUAGACAAUUGCAACACUUUAUCCAAGUCUCAUAGAAUUGCCUAAUGAAGUCAAGAGGAAUCUGGAAAUUCUGGAAGAAGAGAAAAAGAAGAUAGCCAAUUGAUUUUAGUGAUAUUAAUAAAUAUCC